CGAAAGGCCGGUACGAAGUGGUUGAGGAACUGAACUGUCAAAGCUGAGAUAUUGACAAAAAAUGUCAACUGUGUGGUUUUUUUUUUACUUUUACACAGCUUAUUUUACAGUAUUUGAUCAAUCAGAAUAUAAUGUUUUUGUUUUAUGGGUUGCUGUGGUUAAGUGGGAUGUGUAGGCUAUGUCAGUGGAGUUAUGGAAAGCAAAGGGCACAUUUUCUUUACCAAGACAUUUCACAUGAUCAAAUGUAACUGUUUCUUUUCCACUGUCAGGUUAGCGUCAACGUUUGUUUUCAAUAUAACUGACCUUGAACAGCUUCCUAAUGUCAUGUUGCCUGGGCAAAUCUUAAUUCCCUUCAAAUCCCCCCACAGCAGGUUGCCAUAUGUGAAGGCUGAGUGCAGACCAGCAGUCCCCCUGGCCGGCCUCUCUCCUUGUCUUAUAAUUAUUAUCUGAGUGAGACUUGGAUAUCAAAAAGGUUUUUUUUUUUUUAGAAACAUAACAUUUGCAGUGGAAAAAAAGAUGAAUUGAGAAGUCUAUAUGCAGUCUGCAAAAAUGACAACUAAAUUUCUAAUCUUAAUUAAAUUCACCCAAUAGAUGAUUAUCAGGAGUCAUAGAGGUAAAUCCAGUUUGGACAUUCUCUUUUGAUGGGAGUUCCUGGCCCCAUCCAAUGAAAUAAACACUAAUCUCAUUUUGUUUAGCUGCCCUUGAUUCACCUGCAACUGUAUUUCCUUUAUCCUAAAUACAGCAGGUCAGAACUCAAGCAGACAGGUUCUACUUGCUUACCAGCCUUUACUAAAGUUUCAUGAAAAUAGCUCACAGAUGGAAUUCAAAUCCUUACACCAUAAUACUCAAAGGCAUUAGGCUUAUAUUGCUUAACAUUUUGGUAUGCAUUUCAUUAUUAUUUGAAACCAAUAUAUCCAUUAACCUUUCUUUAUUAAAAAAAAAUGCCUGGUUUUCCUUGGCAUCUCCUCACCCGUCUGAAUAUACAUGCAGUUUUUCAGUCAAGCCCUGCAGCUGCACACUUGACAAUUGUUGUUUAACCAGCUCCACCUGUGUCAACUGGCUUGCUCUAGAGAAACUUUACGUGAGUCGAUGAAGAAAGGAAGAGUUUUUCUCUUUUGGUCACAGUCUCACUUUUAUAAUAUUUCAUCACCAGAAAAUGUUAUUCAAUAGUGCACAACUCACAAUCACAAUUAAUGGGUUUAUACCUGGAGGGUAGUUGAAAUGGCCAAUGCAACUAUUGUUUUGUGGAAUAAAUUUGAGAACACUUUGCAUUGAUUUUAUUUAUGUAAUUCUGCAUGUACUAUAAGAAUGGGAUGUAUGCAACACCAUAUCUAAAAGCUGUAGUCUAUAGAUUUAUUUUUAAGGGUGUUCCCUUAUUUGCUUGUUAUUGCUUCUCUGAAAUUUAAAGAAUCCUCAUAGAGAUUUAUAUGGCUGAAUAUACAAUCCAACAGUGAGAUCAGAGUUGCCUGUGGCGUCAAUCAAAUCCUCUUGCCAGGCAGGGGUGCUUGGGGAAGGUAGUGGAUGUCGGUAAGCAUGACAGUGAUGUAACAACCUAUUUACAUCCCUGUUGGCCUAAUCUGACCAGGGCUGCCUAUGUCAUCUCCCUUGGGUAGUUAUGUUGGAGCCUCCUACUAGUGUAACAUGCACCUACUACUCCUCAUCAAGGAAAAAACAAGAAGUGGUUCUAGCUUGUCUUUGCCCUCAGAUCACAUAAGAAUCCUGUUUUCAGGGGCUUGCAAAGGUGCAGUUUUGACUGUUGACUGAUCUACAUCAACAGGAUCGGCCCUUUACAACAAUGGAUCAGUUUCUGCAAGAUGAGUUUUGACUUUCAAGAAUAGGUUAAACACUGGGACAUAUUGGCCAGAUGAAAAUUGCCCUAGGAAAGAACAGUUGAACUGUUCUUGAGAAGAGGCUGGUGAAACAAACAUUUGUCAAGGUGAAUAGAACAGGAAAUUUGAAAUACAUUUUGAUGAAUGAAUCAGAAGUGUGUUUCCACAACUUGUUUCACAAAUUAGGAAAAUCAAAAAGCUGAUGAAACCAUCUUAAGAGAUAAUGAAUCGCUACACCACCCUGAAGCAGCUCGGUGAUGGUACCUAUGGCAGUGUGCUGAUGGGGAGAAGCAAUGAGUCUGGAGAACUGGUGGCUAUAAAGAGGAUGAAGAGGAAGUUUUAUUCAUGGGAAGAAUGUAUGAACCUCAGAGAAGUGAAGUCACUGAAGAAGCUGAACCAUGCGAAUGUGGUGAAGCUGAAGGAGGUCAUCAGAGAGAACGAUCACCUCUACUUUGUCUUUGAGUACAUGAAGGAGAACCUCUACCAGCUUAUGAAGGACAGAAAAAAGUUGUUCCCUGAGUCAGUGAUAAGAAACAUAAGCUUUCAGAUAUUACAAGGCCUGUCCUUUAUUCACAAACAUGGUUUCUUUCAUCGAGACAUGAAGCCAGAGAAUCUGCUGUGCAUGGGUCCAGAACUGGUCAAAAUAGCAGACUUUGGACUGGCCAGAGAGAUUCGCUCCAAACCUCCUUACACAGAUUACGUAUCAACCAGAUGGUAUCGAGCUCCAGAGGUCCUGCUCAGGUCAUCGACCUACAGCUCUCCGAUUGACCUGUGGGCUGUGGGCUGCAUUAUGGCUGAACUCUACACACUCAGACCUCUUUUCCCCGGGAACAGUGAAGUGGAUGAGAUCUUUAAGAUCUGCCAAGUCCUGGGCACUGUCAAAAAAAUGGAUUGGCCAGAGGGCUACCAACUAGCUUCUGCUAUGAACUUUCGCUUCCCACAGUGUGUGCCGACCCACCUAAAGACGCUGAUCCCAAAUGCUAGCAACGAGGCUAUCACCCUGAUGAAGGACCUGCUGCAGUGGGACCCCAAAAAAAGACCCACUGCCAUACUGGCCCUGCGUUACCCGUACUUCCAGGUAGGCCAAGUACUGGGGCCUCGUCCUCAAAGCCAGGAGGUCAAGAAAGUCCAAGCCGGGCCAGUGGCCCAGAAGCAGUUCUCAGGGCCCAGGACUGAUCCCCAGCAGUUUUCCUCUGAUUCCAAAGCCUCCACACCCUCAUUGAGAAAUCAUCAGCAGCAGCUGCAGCAUCAUCAUCAGCCUCUUCAGCAGAUCCCCCUGCCCCAAGUUGAGAGCAAACCAGGAGGUGUCAGCCAUGCAAAAGCAGCAUUGCUGGGCAGCGAGAACAAUGUUGGUGGCGGUUCGAUGGGGAUACUGAAGAGCAGUCGUCGUCGCUGGGGCCAGACAGUGGCCAAGACCUUAGAUAGCUGGGAGGAAUCCGACCAUUCAGAACCCACCGCUUCCAACUCCAAGAAACCUAGCCUGGGGGACGCAGAGGAGGAGAGAAGCCCUAAGGAACACCACUCACAGCCCAAGGAGCAGAAACCUUUGUAUACCUUCAGCACAGUCACCAAGCUACCCAACAAUGUUAAGACGGGCCAGAUAGACCAAAAUCUUCCAGGAUCUGCUGCGCGGCAGCACUAUCUCAGCCAGUCACGGUACUUGCCUGGGUUAAUUGGAAAAAAUCAGACGUCCUCUGGAGGUAAGGAGCUGAGUGGUAUGACGCUGCGGGAUCUGUGGGAGAACUCCUCAAACACUGUAAACAAACCACUUGCUCCUAUUGGUGGAGGAUUAUCUGUCACCAGAACUAAUGCUGCUGUGAGAGUAGAAGAGAAUACCUCUAAGUCUGUGGAUAACCCACCAGAGAAAACUGUUGUUAAAGAAAGAAUACUGGAGAAAAUUGAUCUCUCCAAAGGGAACUUUGUAAGCACCAAGUACAACCUCUCUGGUGGUUACAUCCCAUCAUUCCAAAAGAAAGAGGUGGGCUCAGUGGGGCAGAGGAUCCAGCUUGCUCCUUUGGCUGGGCAGCACACAAUCAAUCUUUCUUCUUCUCCUGAUAAUAAAAAAGACAAACCAAAAGCUGCAAAGCCCAAGCCCAUAUCCAACUCAUCUUUGAGUGAAACCAAUGAAGAUUACGAAGGCUGGAAGAGGAGGAGAGACGGGACUCAGAUGAAGGGGAGCUACUCGGCUCUGGGGAAAGCCUCUGGGAAUCUCCUGACCAGAGCUCCCACCGUACAGCCCGUCCACGGCAGGGUGGACUGGACAUCCAAGUAUGGUGGAAAUCGAUAGUUCAGGGAAAAAGGUCCAACAACUUCUGCUUGUUGGGCACGGUUCUCAUAGAUACACAACUUUGGCUGGAAAAAUUAAUCCUGAGCAGACCACAUUUAAACUCAAAUCUGGAGGAAAUAUAUUAAUGCUGUAUUUUUCCUGAGACAAACUACAUCGACUACACAUUUAUACUGAGACAUUUCUCAUAAUGUUUAUGCAUGUAAGACCACCUUUACAUGUGCAUGGAAUCUCUGUUUGGAGAUUAAGGAUGCCAUGAUGCUAAACCAACACUGUCUGCAAGACAAUCCCACUGUAUUCCAGAAGGAUGCCGUGUGAGCCAAUUCUACUGUUAGUGUUAUACUGCUUGAAUACUCUGAGUAGAAUUUAAAUGUAGCAUAGCUUCUUUUUUAAACUCUAGUUUAGUUUUAUUGUCAAAUAUUGUUUCACUACCCAUUCGCAAAACAAUAACAGCCUUUUAUCAGCUGUUCCCGCUCUGCUGCAUUCUCUCUGCUUUCUUCCACCAUAGUGUAGGUGACUGAUACAAACAUCUUCAAUGUAAUGGCUACAGGAAGGAUUACAUCAACUCUCUCUGAAUAUUGUAAAGCAACUGCAAAUAUCUUUGUGUUAUACAAUGCAUAAACUGAACAUUUUGUAAAAGUUUUAUACAAAUAAAUAUUGAAUUUCA